AUGAAUGAAAGUGAUUUUACAUUUAUUCCAAAACACACAUACAUUGUUUCAUCAGUAGUUCUUGCCAUACUCUAUAUUAUGCAAUUAGUUUACUCAUAUACGCUUCCAAAAUAUUUUCCAGAUAUGAAAUCAGAUGUUUUUCUCCAAAGCUCCGAUAAUAUGAGUGCAUACAUGAUUGUAUUGACAGUUAAUCCACAAAAUCAUUCAAGAGUUAACGAGUCAUAUCAAUAUUGGGGAGAAGACUACGAUAAACUAUUUAAAAAAUCAAUAAUUCGAUAUGUAUCACCACUAGAUUUACCUUUUGAUCACAGUACACAAUUCAUUGCAUACUGGAAUAACUCAAUUUCUCCAAUUCAAAAUUUAUUAUUCACUUAUUUACAAGCCCUUCAAGAUUUCUAUUAUGGUACAGAUUUGGAUUGGGCUAUUCGUACUACAGAAGAUUGUUUUGUUGAUAUCAGACAUAUUGGCCAAAUGUUAGAUGAUAUAACAAGAUAUUUAGAUCCUCGUAAGGAACAAAUACUCAAAGGACAACUAGUGCGAUCCAAUAUAUUAGUUGAAGGUACUAAUUUCCAGUUUCUUCAUGGUGGAUCUGGUUGGUUAGUUUCUAGAGCCACUGCAAAGUAUAUUCUUGACCACCAAGAAGAUUUAAUACAAGAUCUAUUCACAGGCGAUAGUUCUAAGGGCGAUGACGUCAUUACUUUCAACUUAAUCAAAAGAUUAAAAUUACUUCCAACGGAAGUCCAAUCUUACAGGUUCCUUGGUGUUACACUUACUGAUACAUCAACAGAGUUCCUCAGAAGAAGCUUCUUCCGAACCGUUUCUAACUGCAAAUACAGUUCUGAUCCAUUACAGUACACAAUUCCAUUUGACAACGUCGUUUUCUGGCACAGUGGAAGGCCAGAUAAUUUGCCAAAUGCUGAUGGCUACAGAAUUUUAUCAAAUACUCCAAAAUCAAUAAGAGUCCAGAUGAAGGGAUUAAAUGCAGAUAUUUGCUUCCAUGAUACUGAUUCAUCACAUAGAUCAAGAUUGCAAAUGUAA